AUGAGCGGCCCGUAUGUCCCGCCGGGACAAUCUCCCCCUUUUCAAGUGGUAGAUGAUUUGCAUCAUGGAGCUUGGACUAUCAUCACUGGAGCUUUGGGUUUGGUCGUAUCUCUCGUCAGCUUCUUUAUCAGAUUGUAUGUGCGAAUUGCUCUCCAUCCGCCGUUUGCAUUUGAUGAUUAUCUUCUCCUUGGAGCGACGAUAGUAGCAACCGUGCAAGCAGCACUCCUCUUUAACGCCGUGUCACAUGGUUUCGGGACAUCAAUCCACCUUCUGGAACAGUAUCAGGUGGAUAAAAUCCAAAAACUCAUCACAGUCAGCGACAUCCUCUACCUAAUUACCGUCUACAUCUCUAAAUGCUGCGUCUGCGGCAUCUACCUUCGUCUCACCCCCCAGAAAUGGCAUAACCGAGCCUCCAUAGCCACUCUUGCUCUAUGCACGGCAUGGGUCAUACCGGCCGUUUUCACCAUCGCGGUGAACUGCGAAUUGAAUCGUCCCUGGAAGGGUUCCGGAGGGCAAUGUGUGAAUCUGUCCAAACGCUGGCAAUUCAUCGUCGCAUUAGACAUAGCGACAGAAUUGAACAUCUUUGGGCUAGCCGUGUUCCUACUCUGGGGACUAUUCAUGCCUCUCAAGCGCAAGCUGACUAUCGGAUUUGCGUUCAUGUUUCGGCUUCCGUCAAUACUGACACCUAUGUCUCCAAAACCAAGCUUGAUAAUCUUUUCCGUCUUCCACAUCUACACCAUCCUACUCCUCGUCCACUCCCCCGAUCCCACACUAACCGUCGUCACACCCAUCAUCUGGGCCCAGGUCGAACUCAACUACGCUCUCGUGGCAUGCAGUAUCUUUUGUCUACGGCCAUUCAUGGCGGCCGUGAGCACCAACUACGGGACGGCGGGUGAUUCGAAUCUCGAGAGUACGAGUGGAGUGUCGCGGUCGUGGAAGGUCGAUUCGUCUAAAGCGGGGUCUGGAAGACAGACUUAUAUGAAUCAUGAGGAGAGGAGAUCGUGGAGGGUAUCGAGGAGGUUUGAUGGUGAGCAUCAGGCAGGUCCUGUGGCUGAACCUGAUAUUGAACUUGUUGAGAUGGAUGGGCAGCGCAGUGUCGGAAGUGAUGGUGGGAGUGCAAGGAUGAUGAUUCGGAAGGAUGUGGAGUAUACAAUUGAGUAUGAUAGGCAUUUUGAUUUGUGA